AUGUUCACAAAAACCACGUCUAAAUUCUUCUUUUUUACACUCUUGUUAAUUUCUUUCACAGAAAACUAUAUUUAUGCUUCCACAAACAUCGCCGUAAUUCUACAUGGCGGACCUGAUUUACAAAAAGAAGGAACAACAAACGAAUCCGCAGUAAAAGGAGCACGUGAAGCUUGCACACCACCAACAUGUAAUCUCGAACUAACAAAUCCAAAAGAUGAGACGGAAGCAGAAUACAAAAAUCUUUUACCUAAAGUUGCAUCAAACAAUGAUUUUUUUCUGACACAAGGAUAUUUUGCGCAAAAAGCGACUCAUGAAGUGGCGGAUAAAUAUCCCGGAAAAAAGUUUGGGAUAGUUAAUUUUGAGUUCACGCCGCCUGUGAAGAAUAUCGCGAGUAUUCUGUUUGCGGAAGAUCAACAAGGGUUCGUUGCGGGUCUAUUGGCGGCUGAAAUCUCGAAGAAGAGGAAUAAGAAAGUUGCUGUUAUCGGUGGUGUUAAUAUUCCACCAGUCAAAAGAAAAGUUAACGGCUUUGCGAAUGGAGUAAAACAUGCUUGCGCUGAUUGCACCGCAUAUUGUCUCUACAGCAAAUCUUUUGUGAAUGAAAAUAACGAAUCACAUGAUAUCUUCAAUGCAAUAUCAACUAACAAAGGCAUCGACGUCGUAUACAAUGCGGCAAGCAUAACCGGUACGAUCGCUCUUAAAAAUCUAACUGCUAAUGGGAUUUACGGGAUUGGCGAUACAACUGACGAGUGGAUAACUAAUUGGGCGUACGGUUCGGUUCCUGGCUCGGAAAAUCUUCUAACUUCGAUCGUACAAGAUUAUCAAGUAGUCGUUCGCGACACAAUCAGCGGAAUGCUCAAAAACAAUUUCGCAACUGGUGGUCUCGUAAAACAUGGUCUAAAACUAAACUCCGAGGACUCGGCAAUCAAAUUUGCUGAUUGUCACGAGGCAUGCGAAAUAAAUACGCCAAAUCUAAAAGAGAAUAUGCAAAAAUACAUUGGUAAAAUUGCUAAUCGACAAAUUGAUGUCGGGAUUGAUCAUAAAAGCGGAAAAUCGAAAAUUUCUCCCGGAGGUACCUCAUGCACAAUGUUGGAGAUUAAUAAGUCCUAUUCAUCGAAAGACGGUGUUGAAAAUCGUCGUCGUAGUGAUCCGUCCUAA